CUCUCGCUCUCUCGCUCACUUUCUCGGCUUACAGUAUACACCUAUCUAUCUUCCAAAAGCAUCAGCAGUCUCUCCAUCAGUCUCCGCGAUACGAGCGCUACUACGGCGCAAAGCAUGGCAUCUCUGCGCCCAGAAAAACCGGUCUUCGCCGCAGCACACCUCUGCGUCUUUCUGUUGAUCGCCUCGGCCUGGAUGUCACUGCCGGGACCCGUGCGCGGUGACAGCGGGGCUUUAAACCGGCGCAGCGGGGAGGAUCGUACGUUUGACAUAGGUGGCGGAGACAGAGGCUCCCCGCCAGGCUUACCGACGGUCGGUAACGAGGAAGCUUUAGACGCGGAGAACUCACCCCGCUCCAGGAGAGCUCUGUCCCGGGAAAAACAAAUGUCCCUCCUCAGCAGCUCGUUUGUGCUCAAGGGGGAUGCGACCCACAACCAGGCGAUGGUCCAUUGGACAGGAGAGAACAGCAGCGUCAUCCUGAUCCUGACCAAGUACUACCACGCUGACUCCACCAAGGUGCUGGAGAGCUCGCUGUGGAGGUCUACCGACUAUGGCACGACCUACACCAAACUCAACCUGAUGCCAGGGACACCCAUCGUGGUGACCAGCUUCUACAUCUGCCCGACCAACAAGAAAAAGGUCGUGCUGGUAGGUUCAUCCAUAAAUGAAAGGGAUAAGAUGCUGUUUAUCAGCACGGACGAAGGUUCCUCCUUCCAGCGACAGUCCAUCUCCUUUACCCCGGACACGCUCAUUUUCCACCCCAAGGAAGAAGACAAGCUCGUGGCCUACUGCAAGGAGGGCAGGCUCUUUGCUUCCACAGACCUGGGCCGCAAGUGGACUUUGCUUCAGGAGCGGGUGACCAAGGACAGAGUCUUCUGGUCAGUAUCUGGUGUGGAUGUGGACCCUGAUCUGGUGCACAUGGAAAUGCAAGAUACGAGUGGAGGUUACCUGUACGUUACCUGCCUCAUCCAGAACUGUUCGGAUAAAAUGGUGACUGCUCAAUUCCUCGGCAAAAUCGACCACAACUCCCUGCUGGUGCAGGACGACUACAUAUUUGUCAAGGUGACCACAGGGAAUCGCACCAGGCACUAUGUGUCCUAUCGGCGGAACGAGUUUGUCCAGAUGAGGUUUCCCAAGUACGCUUUGCCAAAGGAUGUUCAGAUAGUGAGUACGGACGAGAACCAGGUCUUCCUGGCCCUCCAGGAGUGGUACCAGUCAGACACAUAUAACCUGUACCAGUCGGACUCCCAGGGUGUCUACUAUUCCAUCGUCCUGGAAAAUGUUCGCAGCACCAAGCAGCCAGAGGAGAAUGUCCUCAUCGACGUUCUUGAGGUACGUGGAAUUAAAGGAGUCUUCUUGGCCAAUCAGAAGAUCGAUGGCAAGGUUACAACUCUCAUCACCUAUAACAAAGGACGAGACUGGGAACCCUUGGCCCCACCCACUAUUGACAUGAAUGGCAAGCCAAUCAGCUGCAAGGCGCCCGACUGUCACCUCCACCUCCACCUGCGCUGGGCGGACAACCCCUAUGUGUCUGGGACUGUCCACACCAAAGACUCUGCUCCAGGUCUCAUCAUGGGUGCUGGUAACCUUGGUUCCAAGCUAGUGGAGUAUAAGGAAGAGAUGUACAUCACUUCAGACUGCGGGAAGACGUGGAGACAGGUUUUCGAGGAGGAGCAUCACAUCCUGUACCUGGACCAUGGUGGGGUCAUUGUUGCCAUCAAGGACACCUCUAUUCCCCUCAAGAUCCUCAAGUUUAGUAUCGAUGAAGGAAGGACGUGGACCAUUCACAACUUCACCAGCACCUCUGUGUUUGUCGAUGGACUCCUGAGCGAGCCAGGAGACGAGACCCUGGUUAUGACUGUCUUUGGCCACAUCAGCUACAGGUCAGACUGGGAGCUGGUCAAAGUGGACUUCAGGCAGUCUUUCCCCCGUCAGUGUACUGAGGCUGACUACGACUCCUGGCAGCUCACAGACCUGCAGGGACAGAAGUGCAUUAUGGGCCAGGAGCGAAGUUUCAGGAAAAGGAAGGACACAGCAUUCUGCAUCAAAGGAAAAAGUUACACCUCAGCCCUCACCACCAAACCCUGUCACUGCACCGAGAAAGACUUCAACUGUGACUAUGGUUUUGAAAGGUCCCACAUGGAGGGCAAUCGCUGCUUCGCUGACUUCUGGCACGAUCCCGAUUCACCACCCGAAGACUGCCACCGAGGGCAAACCUACGAGUCCAGCACUGGUUACAGGAAGGUGAUAUCUAACCUGUGUGAAGGGGGGCUAAACAAGCAGCAGAGCGGCAAACAGCACAAUUGCCCCCUGCUGCCCCCUAAAGGGUUACAGGUCGGCAUCAAAGGGCAGAUGUUGGCCGUGGCGCCUGGUGAUGACAUCACAUUCAUUAUCCACCAGGAACAGGGCGACACUAGCAGCACCAAGUACCAGGUGGACCUCGGCGAUGGGGUUCGAGCCAUCUACCAGAACCUGACGGUGACAGAUGAACCCAUUCAGCAUCGCUACGAAAAUCCGGGCGUAUACAAGGUCACGGUGAAGGCCGAGAACAUGGCAGGACACGACGAGGCCACCAUGUACAUCCAGGUCACAGCCCCUCUACAGGAAGUGCACCUGGAAGUGGUUCCCAUUGCUGGGAGAAACCAUGACGUUAAUCUGACAGCUAUAGUUCUUCCCACUGAGGCCAACCUGACCGUCUUCUACUGGUGGAUAGGAGACAACCUGCGGCCUUCGCUGACUCUGCAGAACAACCUUCUGACUCGUUUCCCUGAGACGGGAGAAGUUUCAGUCACCGUCCAGGUUUCUAACGGACGAUCCAUGGUGCAGGAUACCAGGAUAGUCCGAGUCUACGAUAACUUCCAGGUCAUCCCUCUGAGCUUCAGCCCACACCUGGACCGCUUCAACCCAAACAUCCCGGAGUGGAGAGAGGACAUUGGCCAGGUGGUCAACAAAAUACUUGCUAAGAUCACAGGUGUCCCUCAGGAGUCCCUGGUCACGGUGGUGAAGCCGGGCCUCCCGACCACUGCUGACCUGUACGUCCUCCCGCUCGACAGCCAACCUGCCAAGAGGAGCGUGUUUGUUGAUAAGCGUAUUCCGGCCAUCAUGCAGGCCUUCAACGACAAUAAUGUCAGCUUCGUGGUGCGAGGAGGUCUACAAGUGCUGGUGAUGCUGGCUGACCCUAACGCAGGUCAAGGUCUAAUUUCUAACGACUCAACAGCUGCAGCAGCAGAGACUGGCUACCAUGGAGCUGCUGGUGGUCCAGGUGUUUGGGCUCUAGCGGUCAUUUUCCUAAUCAGCAUCAUCGCCACUGGCUCCUUCAUCCUCUACAAGUUCAAAAGUCCUUGGCUUAGGACUGAGGAUGCCUAUCCCCCGCUGUUUUUCAGGAAGCUUCCGGGCAGUCGCAACGUCUACGCCCAGAUGCACAACGAGAAGGAGCAGGAGAUGACCAGCCCCGUCAACCACAGCGAGGACACCCAGCACAUCAUCCAGGGCGAGGAGUUCAUUGACGACGACCUGGACUCGCAGACUCUAGGUAACGCAGGAGGUAGCCCCGCCUUCCGUUCCCUUAUAAGGACUACCACUAACCACUGCUACUAAAACCCAAGCCACUAACACCAGCAGCUAACACACACCAAGGCAACCAUUCAGGUGUGGUCCUGAGCAUCAACUCCAGAGAACUACACAGUUACCUGACCAGCUGAUGGCUGCCUUGGCAACGCUAUCGAGCUAGUCUAGCCUAGCCUAGCCUAGCCGGCUAACGAGCACAGGGACUCCACUCUGCCUUCCUCCUUCUCCUUUUCCUUCUCCUCUUCCUCGAACACUUCACCUCCACUCCAUGGCCUCCUCAACUCUUCAGCUCCAGCUCUGGUGUGGGAUUUGUUAUUGUUUUUUUGUUUUGUGGGUGGAGGGGAUCUUUUCCUGCUAGGGGACGGGAGGCACUCUGCUUUACCUAAUGUAUUUGACAUCGCUGCGAACCCCCAUCCCCUCUUCACUUCGUCCACCGGCCCUGGAGACCUGCACUGACCCUCCCCCCACUCCCGGUGAGGAUGGAGGACACUCACCCGUCUGUGUGUUGAAAACAAAAUCUGUCUGUAUGUUGUCUGUCACUUGUAGACGCUCACAAUCAGCAAGCAUGACUCAGUGCACUGGUCUCCAGUGACAGUCACGGUCAGAGAGGGUUGAACCAUCCAUGUAUCCACUGAAGGUAGUUAGUGGCCAAAGACCGGUGUGCUGAGAUGAUUUCCAAGCACUAAGGGAAGUGUGCAUUAUGCUAGUGAAGUCCAUUUAAAGACAAAUAUAUUUUUACUCUUCCCCCCGCUUGUUUUAUUCACUCUGUUUCCUACAAUUACAAGACACUCUCUUCACAGGCAAUAAUAUUAUCUCAAUGGAAUGUAGGAUAUGAUAAACCCUCGUGAAUUUGCAUAUGACAAGUGUACGCAUGCAACCACAAGAGGGCAGUGUUGCACUUUCUUAAAUUCCCACUCACAGGUACUUGGGAGCUCAGAUUCUUUGGAAAAUACUGUAUGUUCACACAGCAUUGUUCAUUUUAUAAAAGCCCGCUCCAUUCAUAUCCUUGUAUUCUUGUUUAUAACUCACACAUUUACAGACGUUUGUCGAGUGGUGUUUAGAAUCAGCACCACCUUUUGUAGGAGUUCAUCGUCUGUCCCAUGGUGCCUAAAACAGCAGAUGUGAAUCUGCUCAGUGACAUUAACUGUCGUGGAGUUUAUUUGUUUCUAAUAACAGUACGCCCCUUCGUCCUCGUCCUCCUCCUCCUCACCCCCACUCUUUCUGGGUGAGGGGUCAAAGCGAACUCGUUCCCCAUGGAGACAAAGCUCGGCGUCAUGGUGGGAAGGUGUAGUUGAUAUGUUUUACUGUAUCAGCCUAUAUUAGGCGUAGCCCGCGGUGGAAUCAUGUCUCCUUAAAGGUUUGGUUUGUUGUAUGUAAAUGUGUAAAUAUGAACAAUCUCCACUUUGUACAUAUUCCCUUUGACAUGUGUGUGUGUGUGUGUGUGUGUGAGUGUUUUACACUACUACCAAAAUACACAGCAAUUCUCUUUCCGGAGCGACCUUCACUGAGUUUCCUGAAAAAUCUUUUUUCUAGUUUCUGCAACGACAUUGCCUGCUUCACAUGUAUCCAUCUUCAAUACUCUCAGUGUAAUCUCAUUUUAUGGCCUCCAUUGUUAACUGGAAAGAAUUUCAUCGUCUUCUAAAGAUACUCACAGCUACACAGUGAUGACUAUGUAUGUGGAUAUUUUUGACACACUUUUCUCUCACUACGUGUGAACACUGGUUAUUGUUUCGGUCGCCUCUUUGUUAGUUUGAUUGCACUAAUGAUGUAAGCAGUGGGGACAAAACACACGGGACAGCAGCUGAACAAGUCUACAGACUGGAUCAAAUGGAUGAAAGGCCUUUAUUGACAACCAAUGCUACCAUUACACUUGGUUAGUCUUGUGUUUGAUACCAACAGCAGACCAUAUUCAUUCAUUCUAAUUUAGACCUUAAUUCAUCUUUUGUACAUAUUCUGCUCAUGUUCAAUUUGUUCUUAGUUUUUCUAGUGAUGUGUCGUCAUUGUAUCACUCUCGCCUUUAACAAAGGGGGGAAUUGUGAUAUUCCAAUAUAAUAGUGAAGAAGUUUCACAGCUAAUGGCACCGACCAUGUAAUUUUGAACACACUGUUUUUCUUUUAUUCUUUUUCUCUUUCUGAUGAUUUGUUUGAUCUAUUGAUUUUGCUAUUAAAAAAAAUUGUGUGUCCUCACCAGGAAGCGUAGUUCACUCAACCUGCAUCCUGGAAUAAACCACUCCCAUAACUUGUA